GUGCGUAUGCAAAUCUAUUAUAUCGCUUUAUUGCGCAAAGUAAAAAAACGGGUAUCCCCAUGGUGUUAAAAGCUAACUUGACCAUUUUCGGCUGCCGUGCAUUAUCGACCUUGGUGACUACUAGCUACACGCUGCUAGCUAAGAAUGGCCGGGAAUGCGUGGAGGUCAGCGGCGCAGCAUGUGGCACGCGCCUUGAAGAAAGAGACCAGGGCAUUCCCUCGUGGGAUGCACACUGUAACUUUGAUCCCCGGUGAUGGAAUAGGACCAGAGAUCUCCACUGCUGUCAUGAAAAUAUUUGAGGCAGCUGAAGCACCCAUUCAGUGGGAGGAGAGAAAUGUUACAGCCAUCAAAGGUCCUGGGGGGAAGUGGGUGAUUCCUGCAGAUGCCAAAGAAUCAAUGGACAGGAACAAAAUGGGUCUGAAGGGUCCAUUGAAGACACCAAUUGCUGCUGGUCAUCCCUCCAUGAACCUUCUUCUGAGGAAAACCUUUGACCUCUACUCCAACGUGCGGCCUUGCGUUUCUAUCGAGGGUUACAAGACGCCCUACACGGAUGUGAAUCUAGUCACCAUCAGAGAGAACACUGAAGGGGAAUACAGUGGAAUUGAACAUGUGAUUGUCGAUGGAGUUGUGCAGAGUAUUAAGCUCAUUACAGAGCAAGCCAGCAAACGCAUCGCAGAGUACGCAUUUGAAUACGCAAGAAACAAUAAGAGGACCAGUGUUACUGCUGUUCACAAGGCUAACAUUAUGCGCAUGUCUGAUGGCCUCUUCCUCCGAAAAUGCAGAGAAGCUGCUGAAAAUAACAAAGAUAUUAAAUUCACUGAGAUGUACUUGGAUACAGUGUGCCUCAAUAUGGUGCAGGAUCCAACACAGUUUGAUAUUCUGGUGAUGCCCAAUUUGUAUGGAGACAUCUUGAGUGACCUUUGUGCUGGACUUAUUGGAGGACUUGGUGUAACCCCAAGUGGCAACAUUGGUGCCAAUGGAGUUGCCAUUUUUGAGUCUGUUCAUGGAACUGCUCCCGAUAUAGCAGGAAAAGACAUGGCUAACCCCACUGCCUUGCUGCUGAGUGCAGUCAUGAUGCUGCGCCAUAUGGGCCUACACGACCACGCAAAGAGGAUCGAGACCGCCUGUUUUGAUACCAUCCGAGACAAAAAGGUGCUUACUGGAGACCUCGGAGGGAAGUCAAAGUGCUCCGAAUUCACGGAGGCAAUAUGUCAACGAGUGCGAGAUCUCUAAUAAUAAUUGCUUUUAGUAUUUUCCGCUUUUGUGCUCGCAUGUAUCUGCACAAUUUAAACCAAAACAUAUUAAAAACUGUCUCAGGAUUUCUCAUCCUGAUUUUUUAUAUUUUUUUGUCAAUUUGCACUUGUUCAAGUGUUUGCUUCAGAGCUGCAGUUACUUCUUCAAUUCACUGUGCAUUUAAUGACGCAUAAGACGAGUAUCGAGAGGACUAUACUAUCAUUAUUAUUGUGAUAUUGAUGUAUCUAUAACUUCUAUAGUUAAUAUUGUACUAUAGAAUUAUACUUGAAUUAUAGUCAAAAGUUAUUAUGGUUAUUGGGAAAACAUUUGAUACAUUUCAGUUAUUCUAUAUUUUAAAAUUCAAAUCUAGUUGGUCAGGAAAUGCAGAGAAGCGCUUUUAUUUAUUAUUUUGCAGUUUUGUGUCGGAUAUGAAUGUAUUACAAUACAUCAUGAGUGCUAACAUGACAUCAGAAAUGUCUUAUGGUUUUGUGUCUUAAUGCCUCUUCAGCUGCUAACAUGAUGGGUUGGUUACUAGUUGUCUGGCUACACUACAUUGUACUUCAGUUCUACGUAUGUACACAAGAAUAAACAUUCAUUUUGGUCACUUAAUCAGUAGUUAAUUUGGAUGAGUUGAUUAAAGUAGAGACAACAACUGACAACGUAGGCAUGCCACUGGUGUGUCAAGAUGUCACAAAUAUUUCUGUGUACCACUUCCUUAGACAAAGCAAAAUUGAUCAGAUACUUUAUUAUGAAUAUACUAAAAGGGUAUCCACGUUGACACAGUCAAUUUUUGAAAUUUUGUUUCCUUAAUUACAUUAAUUCAGCCAAUUUCAAAAUUGGUAUCAAAUCGAUUGGGAGUGAGCGUGCGACACCACUACGGUUUAAUAAAGGAUACUUAUUGCUAAUCACUAAUCAACUGAAAUGUUAACACUUGAUUCAAAUUCAAUCAUUUUGGUAGGUAUUUUCUAGGGAUGUAUACGCAUCGAUCUCCGAUGAUUUUUUUGUUUUGUUUUUUGUAUCGGGGUUGAUUAAUUACAGUUAGAGCCAGUAGAGGGCAUGCUUGGUCUUUGUUAAAGCUUUCAGCCUGUAGUUGCACACUGGUGCUUAUUUCUUUUAAGAAUACAUUUUUGUUCAAAAGUUAAGUCCAAAUUUUGCAAUAAAAUGAUUGAAUCAUU